AUGGGUCAAUGGAAUCUUUUAUCAAAUUUAGUUCAUUGCUUUGAUGAAAAUAGUGGAUAUACAUUUGUCGAAAAUUUUCUAAAAGAACAAAAUCGAUUACCACUCAAGUUACGUUUCAGACAUUUCUCAGUUCUUGACUUUUUUACGUCAAUGAAACGUGAAGUUCAACGCAUGUUCGAGAAGAAUCGUAAUUUUCUCUCAUUAUCUAGUCAUGGUCGUACAACAUUACUUCGAGCUACAGUAGAAUAUACAUCAGGUAUUGGCAGCAUGUUUACAUUACGUCAGUACAAAUUAUUUGAUUAUCCACCUUUCUAUAAAUCUGCUGAAAUGAUAUUUCAGCCAUCUGCAGCAAUCUUCACUAAACGUGUUAUUGAUCAACUUGAUCCAGAUAAUACAUUUAUUAAAUUAGUACUUGCAAUACUUGCUUUCUCUACAAUCAACUUUACUGUAUAUAGAAAAAAUGUUCAGAUUAAUUUGACACAUAUCAAAGCGAUUUUACCUAUUCAAGAUAUGUAUACUGAUUUAACAUGGCGAUAUCUUCUAUACAAAUAUGGCCAUCAUGAGGCUGUGAUACGUUUUUCAAAUCUUUUAAGAUGCCUUUUUCUUGUAAUUUGGGCCAUUGCUGAAGCACAUGAAUCACAAAAGUUUGGAGAGAUGAUUGAUUGUGUUAUUGAACAAACUGAACAAACACUCUGUUUGUAG